CAGGAGGAAACUAACCAGAACAAGAUGGCACUGACUUGGAUAUCCCGGGAAGAAAUUAAAAACGUUCUUACUUAUGAACGUUUGAUCCCUGAAAUGGAAACAGCUCUUGCCCAGUUUUCCAAUGGGUCCGUGGUUCAACCGGUCAGGACUAUCGUACCUGUCAGCAAAGUCAAUGGAUUCCUUGGAGUAAUGCCUGCCUAUAGUCAAGAGCAAGGUGCUUUGGCAACCAAACUAGUCACAUUUUUUCCAAACAACAAAGAUGUGCCUACCCACAAUGCUAUCAUUGUCAUGUUCAAUCCAGACUCGGGUGUGCCUGAAUUGUUAAUGGACGGAGAUGUGAUCACAACAAUGAGAACUGCUGCUGUAUCUGCCGUGGCAACCAAGUUAUUUUGUGGAGACGACCCCCAGGUGUUGGCCAUUUUAGGAUCUGGGGUCCAGGCACGCUCCCAUUUCCACGCCCUCACGUCACUCUUCUCCUUCAAAAAGAUAAAUGUGUGGAGUAAAACUCUAUCAAAUGCACAGAAGCUGGCGGAUGAGAUCAACGGGACAGCUUACGACUCGGCAGAGAUGGCAGUAAGGGAUGCAGAUGUUAUCGUCACGGUGACUUCAUCGUCAGUUCCAGUUCUAAAAAAAGAUUGGGUCAAACCAGGUGCUCACAUCAAUGCUGUGGGAGCAUGUCGGCCAGACUGGCAGGAGAUCGACCCUGCCCUCAUGACCUCAGCAGUGGUGUUUGUGGACAGUCGCACGGCAGCUUGUCAGGAGAGUGGAGAUGUGAUAUUGUCUGGGGCAGAAGUGUAUGCUGAACUAGGGGAAGUUAUAAACAAUGUGAAGGACAAACCAAAAGGGGAGACAACUUUGUUUAAAUCACUAGGACUGGCAGUGGAAGACGUGUUGUCUGCAAAAUUGGUACGAGACUUGAUAUCAGGCUGAUUAAACUCGUUGUCAAAUAGAAAAAAACCCGGACAAGAGCCUAUAUCGUAUAUUUCUGGACAAACUUGAACCGACAUAACAGACUGGUGUCCAUUUCUGUAAGGGAACUGUGAUUUGUAAAUGAUGGACACUUACUAUAGACAAUUGAUAUUUACUAUAAACAGUGGAUAUUUACAGAGAUGCUCGUCAAUUCGUAUAAAGGUCGAGUUAAAAGUUCAUCAGAGCCACAAAAAGCAGGAACAGAAAAUGAUGAUUCUGCUGAAGCUGGUGGCCCCUAAAUUACCUCAAUUAAGCCAGUUGGCUAGAGUAAGAGCCAUACCGAAGGGUAUUUUUAACAUGAGCUGCGGGAGACCAGCGUUACAACAAAACUCGGGUCAAAUUUUUUUACUUUAUUUUUCUUCUUUUUUUACUGCAUUAUCCAAAUUGGAAACCGCUCAGGAACCUCCAUUUAAAAAAUAUCAGCAACCUCAAAAGAUACAGAGGGUUAUAUUAAUGAAUAUUAAAUCUUUAACAUUGAUGUACUUAAGUGGUUUUGAUGUACCCUGACGGAUAUGAGGGGCUUAGGAAACCUUGAUGUUCUCAAGCACAUGUAGGUCACAUCCUUAUAUCUGUCUUUGGAUCUGCCACAGUUGUGGGUUAAGUUGUUGUGGCAUUCACCAUUUUAUACAGCUAUAAUUUUCAAUUAUAUUUUUUAUUUAUCAACAUUCUUUGUAAAUUAACUGGUUUCAAACUAUUUAUAUGUAUGUUUUGUUAAUUCACUUGAAUUUUUAACACAAUUGAGUAAGAAGGCACGUCUAACACUCAUCAUCACAGUACUUUGUCAGUUUUGUUGUACAAAUGAUGUAUUUUGUGUUUGGAGAUUUAUUUUAGUCUAUGUGUUUGGACAAAUAUUUUUAUUAUUAAUACAUUAUUCAACUUGCAACAUUUUUUUUGUUUCAUACGUAAAUAAAACAUAAGAAGAAAAAAAUUCCCUGUGUUGGCAAUUCAGUGCUUUAAAUAAAUGCAGUUUAAAACAC